AUGGCUCUCAUACUCCCUAACCCGUCUGCCCUGGUCAGCGCCGCCUUGGCCCAAGCUACCACCUUGGCCACCGUAGCCGUUCCGACUUUGACCCCCGAGCCGUCUUCCGCCGCUGAGAUUUACGCCAGCCUUGGCAGCACUUACGACAAACCGGAACGACCCUGGACUCCGGGGCAGUUGCCCUUCGUGGAGAUAACACCUUCCGACAGCGCGUCGCCUUUGGCCGAGCGAUCGGAGCGAAAUAACUCCUCCCCCUCCUCCCCCUCCUCCCCCUCCUCCGGCUCCUCCCCUUCCUCCGGCUCCCCCCCCUCCUCCGGCCCCGCCCCCUCCUCCGGCAAAAACGCUUAUGACUUGGGGCAUGAACUGUGCCGCUUCCGAGUCAACGACGCCGAAGACGCCCAACGCCUGUGGGAAGAGACUGGAGCAGGGAAAGUUCUUGAUGACUGGGUCAAGGAGAUGGAUGCCAACAACGAGACUCAGUGGCUCAGGCAGUUUCAGGAGACUUAUCUGGGUGAUCCAAACUACCUGAACUGCGACAACUUGGGUGGAUACACCUGCAAGAUUGAUCACCAGAUGUGCAAUAAGAUGGCUGAGGAUGGCCUGGCUGGCCACUACUGGGUCUUGCGGGUUGUCACCUCCAUGAACUCUCUUCUGCGUCACUUGAAGGAUUCCAUCGAGAUCAACAACGAAUACUUCGAUAUGGACAAGCUGGUGGAAUCCUUCAAGCCUGGCGACCACAAGUAUACUGUCAAGUACGCUCUCGAUAGCAUCGCCCAAGCGUUUCGCAUUUCCAACUCAGCGGAAGCCCCGAUUGAGACGUUCUCACAAGUGGCCCAGGAUGCUAUUGGCGUCACCGAGUCGCUCAACCCCGUCAACAAGCUCGAUCUUGCCACAGAGGUUCUCGCGGGGGUGAGCACCUCCCCGGCGUUCGUUGCCGAGCUUGAAAACCGAGGCGAGAGCCACAAGCUCGACGACCUUCUCAAGGACCUGGGCCAACGUUACUCGGGGGCCAUGGAAAGGCACCUGCAGAGACUGAUGUGGUCUGCGCUGGGCCAUCAAGACCGGCGUGGCCUGCCACAGAACCUACUGACGGAUGACUACAAGACUGACAUUGGCAAGUUGUUCGGUGACGGAAAGUGGCUCCUCGAGGAUAUUUCGUUCGGCCUGCAGCCUUUCAUGGACCAGACCAUGCUCCUUGCGACGCACAAAUUCCUGGUCGACUUGCUCCGUUCCAGCGGAGCCACAAUGAUUGUCGAUGCCCAAAACCUGAGGGACUGGUGCGUCGGUGAAAUCGCUGAAGACGGGUACAUCAGUCACAAGAUCAUGGAUAUGGGGCUCGGCAUUGAUGCAUGUGUUGGUUUCCAGCAGAAGAAGUACAAACCCCUCACUCUGGAUCAGGAGAAGCUCCUCGUCGACGACUUCCACAUGAACACCGACUCCGUGUACCGCCAUCUGUGGGACUGCGCCAAGGACUCCAAGUACACGGUUCCGGAUGUCUUCGAGGCCAUGCCGGUCGGGGAGAUGAAGAGCGAUGGGACACUGCCCCAUUGCUACCUUGCCCUGCAGGUUUACAUGGGUAACCGGAUUGACUGGGUCGCGAACAGGAAGGACGUCGGUCAAUACCUGGUGAACAACUGGACAUCCAAUGCCCUCAUCGAGAGGGAGCAAAUGUUCAGUAACAAGACAUGGAGCAAGUGGAAGGUUUCUGGUCUGGGGAUUGAUCUUCCCGUCUGGAUUCACGGGUCAGGCUGA